UCUCUGAGGAGAGUCGGUGACUACGUGCUGGGAGACGAGCUCGGGGAGGGGUCCUUCGGGAAGGUGAAGGAGGGGUUGGUAGUCAAGGAGGGGAGCGAGGACUUCGGAAUGCGAGUAGCGGUGAAGAUCAUGAGCAGGAGGUCGAUCAGAAAGAUCAAGGACGGGGAGAAGAAGCUGAGGAAGGAGAUCCGAUGCGUCAGGUCGGUCAGGCACCAGAACGUGAUCCAGUUGCUGGACGUGAUAGGGCUCGAGGACGGGCAGCAGGUGUACCUGGUGUUCGAGCUCGCCAAUCUUUUCAGCAUCCAGAACCUGCUGGAGGCACAUGCUGAGCACCGGAGGGAGCGAGAGGAUGCUGGACUCCUUGCUCCCCGCCAUGGCCUCCCCUCCUCCAUGUGCAGAGAGAUCUUCGCUCAGCUCAUGAGCGGGAUCAGCGCCUGUCACAGCAAGGGGGUGGUGCACCGAGAUAUCAAGCCCUCCAACCUCCUCCUCAACUCCGACGGCCUUGUCAAGCUCGUCGACUUCGGUUCCGCUGAGAGGAUCGACCAGUUCACCUCCGACAUGACACAGGUGGUGGUGGGAACGCCUGAGUUCCAGCUGCCUGAGGCUGCUCGCGGCCUGCCGUUCUCAAUGGUGCUGAGCGAUCUGUGGGCGGCAGCAGUGACGCUGUACGUCCUGCUAGAGGAGGAGCUCCCCUUCCAGGGCGACAGCAUCGAGGAGCUCUACAGCAACAUAGCAGCAGCAAAGCUUGCGCUCCCUGCCUGCUGGAGUGAGGAGGAGAAGGACCUGGUGGGAGCGAUGCUGCGUCAGGCUCCCGAGGAACGGCUCUCGUUGAGAAGCGUUCUAAAGCAUCCCUGGCUGCAG